UUAAAAAAAGAGAGAGAAAUGCUAGGAACCACAGGAGUUGCAGGAUAAGCCAAAAGCAAAUAAUAUCUGUGUACUGUUUUCCUUCAUUUUUCACACACACCUUGGGGAGCAGCUCCCGCUGAAGCAAUUGUAGCAGCUUCUGCACCUGUAGCUGUCAUUGUCGUCUUCUUCUACUUCUUCUUCUUCUUCUCAUUUACCUCCGAUGUCUACUCCUACCGAAAAUCGAAGACUAUGCGUAGAGAUCCUGAAAUCAACCCACCGCAUAAUGAAGUCUCACCCUCUACAUUUCCAUGGACUUUCAAUUCUCUUCCUCUUACCUAUCAUUUUCACUCUCAUCAUAUAUCCUUCUUUCCACCUCGCUCUCUUUCAUCCCAACUAUAAUUUCCACCAACUUGACUCCCAUUACCUUCCCCAUUCCAGUUUCGAAAUUGUCCUACCCAUACUAUACACUCUCUGUCUGUUCCUCUUUUACCUCUGUGCCAUAGCAACAAUUACACACAGCGCUGCUCAAGCAUUGUGCGAUAAAUCGAUCAGCCUUCUUUGCUCUGUUAAAUCUAUUAGAAAUUCCUUCUUUCCUCUUCUCUCCACUUUUAUCCUCUCUCAUACCAUUCUCAUUUCAAUUGCUCUGUUUUUCGUCAUACUCGUUGUUUUUCUAGUCCAAAUUCUUCAAUCUAUCGGAUUAAUUGAACUCAAAUACGACUUGAAUCACUUUUUAUAUUUGUGUUUUUUCUCGUUGAUUGUGCUUGUACCGAUUCUGGUUUGGCUACAGGUGAAUUGGUUAUUAACUUAUGUGAUAGCAGUGCUUGAAUCUAAGUUUGGUUUCGAAGCACUGAGGAGAAGUGCGAAUUUGUUGAAGGGGAAGAGAUGGAUAGCUUCGAACGCGAUGCUGUCUUACGGGCUUUUGAUGGGACUGUUGGUGGUUACUCAUUCCAUUAUUUCAGUCAUGGUGGGUGUUGCCCAGGGUAGCUUGAUGGCGAUAAUGGUGGUUGUGGUGGGAUCUCUUAUGAUGAAUCACUAUCUUCUAGGGAAUGUGGCUUUGUACAUGUAUUGUAAGGACGAAUUCUUCAAUGGUGAAAAAUCACCAUUGGAGAUCGGACACAAGUUCACCGGAGCUAGUGAGUAUGUAUCUAUGCCAAUGGACGAUGAGAAAAAUCAUGCUAUUGUGUAAACUGGUCAUUAGCUUAUGUGAUAGCAGUGGUUGAAUCAAAAUCAGGUUUCGAAACACUGAGGAGAUCAAGUGCUUAUUUGGUAAAAGAGAAGAGAUCAGUAGGUUUUCGGAUACAUUUAAAUUUCGUGCUUAUGGUGGGAGGAAUGGUGAUUGGUUCUAACGUCUUUAUAGCCAAUACUAUGCUGUAUGGUCUAGUCAAGUCUGGUUGGUGGAGCAUCCCGAUGGUAAUGGGUACUAUGAUGUGGUGGAUACUGGCAUCUUCUGGGAUGAGAGAGUUACUUAUGAAGAAUGUGCUUCUGUAUAUGUAUUGCAACGACUUUAAUGGCGGAAAAUUGACCUUGGAGGAAAUCGGAGGCAAGUUUGGAGACGAGUUUGUAUAUUUGCCCUUAGACGAUGAGAAGAAUCAUGGCAUUGUUUAAUUUUUCUA